GGACGUAUGGCGUGAUUUUGUCAGCGAGGGGUGCUGACCGGUUUUUAAUGUGCAGUUAUCAAUCGGCGGAAACCGGCGGAAGAAAGAAUGGAUUACUUGUAUCUGUUUACAGCUGGUUUCCUCUUCUUUCCGUCGUCCCACAUCCUCUUCACAUAUCUCCAAAAAUUCAUCUUUCCAAGUCUAAAUUUUGUCGACAGAUUUGCCAUCAGUACAAGGUAAAGUGUUUUGCGGACAACCGUGCUUUUGAGUUGUGAAAAUUGAGUUCAUUGUUCGCCUGUUGUUUAGAAGUUUACAGAAACUGUUUCCGUAAAUUUAAGGAGUUAGAAUUAUUUUAACUGUUUGCAAAUUAAUUUCGACAGAUUUGUAUCAUCCCUUCAAGCAUUUGCUGCAACUGUCGUUGGGUUAAAAUGUGUUUUUACCUCCACCGAUAUUAUGCUUGAUAGGUAAGCACAGUGUAAAUAAAUCGUAACUCUAUAAAAUCCCUCAAAACAGUUUAAUUGUCAGCAAUUUAACUUUGUUUAUCGCUUACUUCUUCGCUAUUGACAGCUGAACCAUACUUUUAUUCAUUUGAACGCUUUGUCUAAAGUGUCGUAACUCGCUUCUUGCCUUUUUUACGACUCUUGAACAUCUGUUUUAGAGUUGCUGAAAUUUGAGACAAGUACGUGUAGUUUGUUUUGAUGUCGAGAGUUUUGCGACAGGUGAAAUUAAGAAACAAAAAAUUUAUGCACAGUGUUUAUUGAAACAUAUUCCUAUUACUAGCUUCUUCUCCGAAUUCCUUUUUCUUUUUUUUCUAGGGAGAGAAGUAGCUAAAAUCACCUCAAAACCUUAAAAUUCUUUAACGCGCUUUAUAAUUCUGCUUGCCUUGCGUUUGUCAUUUACAUGUAUUAUGAAUUGCCUAAAACAGAAACAACUCUCUUAAUAACUAUACAUCAGAUUAAUUACGGGGAUUAUUAAACAGAAACACUUAAGUCUACCCAAUCAAGAAGCAACGGGGAUUUAAUUUCGCCACCUAAACUGACAUAGUCAACCAAUAUUUCAAGACCGCAUCCAUCUAGUUUGGGGUGUUCAGUUUUUUCUUUCCAGAAAUUUCAACUUUCUUCAUUCUUUUCUAUGCACAGUAUAUCUUACAAAAUAUUUGAGUGGCAAAAUUGAUAAAAACUAGCUUUAAAAGUUUGGGUUGACCUUGGGAUCUAAUAAUAAUUCAGCUUUCGAAAUGUUUAACUUAUGGUCACUUACACAAAAGAAAAAUCCCACGGUCAAGAAACCAACAGGUUGAUAUUUUUCAAAAACAUAUCAGUGCAGCUGCAUGCGAUUAUAGAUAGAUAUGAUAACAUGAUUGGAAGUUUCAGUUGAAAAUUGCUCUGAUGCUAUGUUUUGAAUACACAUUUAGUGACUGAAAAGUAACAAAGGGCACUUGAGGGCCUUAAAAUAUUGCGAAAAAUUCGAGAAGAGCCAGAAUUUCAGUUUGAUUAAAAAUUAUCCAUUCUGUUUCUUCAUUUUUUUUCUGGUCAGCUUCUCAUCCUUUUUUUCAACUACGGCCCAUGUUUACUGUUUUAAUUUAUCUUCUUAGGCGAUACUGUAAACUAACCCCCCUCCACCCCAGGUACAGGUCCAUCUACCUGUAAUCAAAAAAUACAUGUGAUUAUCAUCCCCCUGGAAAUAAAUCCCGUCAAACUAGGAUGCAAUUAAUUUGAAGCUCCCCUGUUUAUAAGCCCUUUUAAAACCUCUUAUGAAGAUGUAUAAGCAGCCUAGGAAGUCACAACAUUUUAGAGAUGUUUGUAUGGUAGGGGCAAGUUAGAUGAGUCCCCCUCCCACCUGCAAACAUCUGGAAAAAUAGUUUAGUUUCAAACAUGGCAAGAAAAUCUGAUUUUAAGACACUCUUUUAAGCUAUGUCAGGGGAUUUUGGCAAAGUUGUCCUUUGUCAAAAGUUGAAAUACAGACCUGGGUUGUUCAAUUUUUGGAUAGCACAAUCCACUGGAUAAAUAUUAAACUAUCCAGCAUAUAAGGAUUAGGGAAACCAAUUGCGAUAUCCACUGGAUAGAGAUUUAUCCAAUGGAUAGGGCUUUCCAUCUUUUGAACGACUGGGGCCAGGUGUAUAAAACAUAGAUGGGCUUAUUAAAUUUAUCUAAUAUUCCAAAUUAAGGGGGAGAAGCUGUUCUUGAAAUACAAACAUUUUCUUUUUUGGUAGAGGUUUCUAGAUGGAAUUGGGGUAUGGAAUCCUAUAUUUGGUAAAAAUUUGUUGUAUUAUUAAGGCUAUGUUCCCAGUAUACUGGAUACAGUGUAGCUCUUGCACGGCCAUAAAAAUCAUACAGGAUAGGGCCUCUGUUCCCACAUAAGAACGGUGAUUUCAGUGCGAUUUCUGUGAUAGAGUGAAACAGCGUCAGGUCAAUCUCGAAAGUGGGGCGUCACAUAUCGGAUAAACUCUGUGCCUUGCUUUGAUACAGUGUAGACACCUAUUCAAACUGUUGCCGAAGUGAAUAAGAAGGAGCGAGGAUCGUAAACCACCAAAACAGAAGUAAAUAUUCAGCAGUGAGGAUUGAAAUUUAUUGCACCAAACCCUCUUGGCCAACCACUCCCGCACAAUUUCUCAGGCCGCCUCAGGCCGUACUUGCUGUUUAUACCGUUAUUGGAUAGUUUUUCUUGGCAUGAAAAGUUACAUAUUUGGUUAGGUAUAGUUUGAACAUACCAGAUCAGAUCAGGAGGAGCUGGAUUAUUUUUUUAAUCUGUUUUAGUCAAUUGUUGUGCCUAUUUUUUUGUAUGGUUUAUCAGUGUACGGAGCCUCCUUUUCUGAUCUUAACAACGUGCAGCAUUUUUUAGAUAGGUGUUAUAAACACAGGUACAUAUAGUCAAGGAAUUUGAAUAAUAGGGAGCUGCUUGAAAGAUCAAAUUGCCGUAUUUUUAGAAAGGCAUUGAGUACAAAUUCGUCCCUUGCAGUGUGCAAAGAAAGUAGUGUCCAAUAGCCCGGGGCUAGUGGAUUUUGCUAUGAGGCUUUUGAGGAAUUCGAAUAACAGAAGAACUGUGAAAGCAAUUCUGCUUGUCAAAACGCUUUUGGGGCUAGUUGAAAUGACGUCUGGACUAGUAAAUGCUAGCUUCAGCUUUCCCAAAUGGCAAGCUGUAAAAAUGAUUUUCUUUGCACCCUGCCUUGUGAAGAUUUUACCAGAAAGGAAUUUCACCAAUUAUGCACUUAAAGAAAACCAUGCUUUUAUCAUCCUAAAUUAGUGGCAACAGAGCGCUUCAAAUCGUCUCAUGUGAAUAGACUUAUCUUUAGCUAUGAUAUUAAUUCCUUGAUGUAAAUAGUUGUAUUUUUAUCUUUUGAAUUCAUCAAAGGCAUCUAUCUAGCUAUCUAGCUAUCUUUCUUAUUAUCUAUCUAUCUGUCUAUCUUUACCCUAAGUGCUUUGGAAACUGAUGUUAUUUCUGUUCACAAAAUGAAAAAAAAGAAAGAAAAAAAUAUGCCUGAGGGGAGGGGAGGGUCUGGAGCCACCUUUCUCAGAAAUAUUGAAGGAUCAGAAAAGAGGUGGUUAGUAUGUACUAUAUAACAUAAUAUCUUGCAUUUUUUACCUUUAUGUAGGCAGCCAAUCUUAACUCAGUAUGCUUGUUUUGGACUGAGCUACUUCUAUUAUGACGUUGUGGUGAUGUUCAUUGGAGCCUACCUUGAGGAAAAGCAUAAACAUCCCCAAAGAGAGCCACAAUACUCAGAUGUAUGGGCAAAGCUUUACAACAAGAAGAAAUUAAUCAUCAUCCAUCACAUUCUUCUGCCAAUAUUUGGAUUUCCAGCAGUAACUGUAAGACUUAAUACACGUUUUAAAAACUUAUUAAUGGGUAUUAACCCAUUUGUCCCUGAGCUGCCUGUAACCACCUGUGUGGAUCCACAUCCCUUUUACCGCUUGUGAUGUCGUCAGUUUUAAUGGUCAAGGACAAUAUUGUUUGCUAACUUGACUGUACAGAAUGAAGAGAUCUUUCAAACCAUACCAGAAUAAGCACAAUUCAGUCAAGAACACUGGAGAAAAAGCCAAAAAGCCAUGUAACAUUGACCUUAAAAUUUCGAUGAAAAUCUUGUUCUACUACCCAACUACCUUUCCUUUCUUCUAAUCCUAAGAUCCUAAAAGCUCUCUUAAAAACUUUUCACACAAAAAUGAAGCCUACUAAAUACCUGCAGCAAAAGAAAGAAAAUGAGGCAAGGAAAGCAAAAAGGGGGAGAGAAAGAGAAAAGUAAUAGUAAAAACUGCUGUGUCACUUUUAAAACCAAAAACUCUCUCAAAAUUUUGCUUUCUGCACAUGCUCGAACUUUGCAAGCGAAUAUUUUGCAUUUGGAUUGGAAGGCCGCGAUAUGUAACGAACUGUAAAUGGCUUUAUGGUAAGUUUUAGCUCUUUAUAGCAUGACAGCGACCAGAAAACCGCUCAACUAGCUUCAAAAUGCAUUUUUCAGCAACAUUUUCCAGGGGCAAAUGGGUUAAUAGGUGUAAUAUUAGAACAUGUACAGUGGGUGGGUCAUGUCAAAAGUCAAAUUUAAAAUUAAAAGUGCUGUUACAUGUAUGUAUUAUGGUAAGAAUAUGGUCUAUUUAUGUGCCAGUUAAAGUCACUGUGAGUUAUAUAUUACAAUCUCAUUAGGCUUUUAAACUGAAUGGGGUACCCUAAAUCCAAAUAUCAAAUACAACAAAUUAUAGAAUUAAAUUAUAUUUAUUAUUACCUGAAGUCAAAGUGAAUGACCAAUAAUAUUAAGAUUUUAUUUAAAUUGACAAUGAACCAAAAUCAUGCUUUUAUAGUCUUGCAGCUGUAAUGAAGAUGUAGCAGGAUGGGUGUGUGUGGGUGGGCAGUUAGGGUUAGGGUAAGGUUGACCAGUGUCACCUGACUUUAUUGCAGGCUCAAGUGUUAACCACUCAUUGAGGUGACGUGUUUUUUUAAAGUUAUCCGCAGGACAGUUGUUGGUUUUAUUGAUUGCAGGCUCGGGUCCAUAAUGAAAAAGCCAUAUAAUAAAUAACUUAUUAAUCUUGUCUGUUCGGUCAUUACAGGGAAAUCUCAGACCUCGGCCUUGAUGUGUUGACCUAGGUCUGAGAUUUCCCUGUAAUGACUUCACUCUUAGUGAAUAACUAGUAUUUUACUAUAUGGCUACAUUAGUACACGUGCUCUGAUUGACUGUUUUGUUUUAAUCACCGGGCAUAUUUCCUUGUAAUGACCAGGCAUUACUAGCUAGGUGUCCAAGGCAUAUACAAUCUGUGUUUAACUUGAUAGUGGACAUCCUAUGGACGUCCAUGAUAUGGUCAACUGACAGCUGCCUAAAAGGGUAUCUGCUGACCAGUGUCAGUGCUGACUGUAAUGCAGGUUCAAGUAUACAACUCAUUAAGGUGACAAAUUUUUUUUUAAGUUAUCCAGUGACCAGUAAUUGCUGGUUUUAAUUUGGUCGCAGGCUCCGGUCCAUAAUAAAAAGGCCAUAUAAUAAGUAACUUAUUAACCUCCGCCAUUCGGUCAUUACAGGGAAAUCUCAGACCUCAGCCUUGAUGGCCUCGGUCUGAGAUUUCCCUGUAACGACCUCACUCUCGGUUAAUAAUUGCAAGUAGUCUAUAAUUUCUGUUGUUUAGGGUUUCCUACCAACCUCAACCUAGCCAACCACUAUAAUACAUUCAGUGAUAAAUAUUUUUUAUUUCUGUUAUACUACAAAAUCAUUUAUUAGAAGAAAAAACAAUUUCCCUAAAAUGUUACAGAUGUCCUCUUAAUUUUGCUCUUUUUCUUUAGAUUUGGAGGAAAGCAAAGGGAGACUUUUUCUUAGCUUGUAUAUAUCUGAAUGAGAUGAGCACACCAUUUUUGUCUCUUAAGGCAAUUUUGGAAAAGGUAUUUGUUUCAUUGUAUAUUUAUAAUGGAGCCCUUUCUACAGGGGAAGAUAGUGUCUUGCAUAAGACACAAACACACUAAUGAAAAAUAAAAAAAUAAUAAUACUUGCCCUUGGGCUAAACUGUACUAGCCUGAAGUGGUUGUGCAGCUGGCCUACCAGUUUAUUCACUUAAAGGAGAAGUUCAUUCCAAAAUGGCAAAUUUUUUCUUUUUGCCAACAAAAGAAUUAUACCAAGGUAGGUUACUCACCGAAAUUUUGACUUUUAAAGAGCUUUCCAACCCUAUGAAGUUCUUGUCUAAAGUAGCCUGAAAUUCGAGAGCUGAGGGCCGCCAUCUUCUUUUUGAAGCUACACAAGAAGCCAUGGCCACAGAAAAACACAAUCCAAAACGAAGAAAAAGGAAAUGUUGAGUGAUUUAAUCUGUUUGCCAAACUCAGGUAGCCUGUUCACAGAUCCUCUUUUUUCACUUCAAAGCCCAUCGAGAGUGCGUGAUAAAAAAAAAAACGGCGGAUAUAUUGACCACCAACGCAAGAGGGUGGGGGUGGGGAAGAAGAAAAAAAAAAACAUCUGUGUACAGGCUAAACUCAGGUUGAGUGCAUCGAUGUCAAGCACUUGUCACCAGGCUGCUAGGAGUUCUCCAAGAUGGCGGCCCCCAGAUCUCGAAUUUCAGGCUACUUUAGAUGAUAAUUUCAUCAGGUUGGAAAGCCCUUUGGAAGCUGAAAUUUUGGUGAGUAACUUAUAUACCUUUGUAUAAUCUUUCUGUCGGCAAAAAGAAUAAAAACAGUACCAUUUUGGAAUGAACUUCUCCUUUUUUUAUGCUAUAACUUGUUUGUUUGGAGAAAAGAAAUAGAUCCCAAUUGGAAAGGCACCCUUUUCAGUGUCCCCAUACCGAUUAACUAAUACCUUAAUAACUUAAACAAAAUUUUUGUUUUAAAUUUUGUUUCAGCUUGAAAUGAGAAAGUCAGCCUUGUAUGUGACAAAUGGUGUUCUCCUGGCGACUGUAUUCCUCUGUUGCCGAGUCCUUAUCUACCCCUUCAUGUAUUGGUGUUACUCCAAUUAUGCCAAUAUUCCAUUCCACAGUACUCCAUUUAAAGUCCCAGUCUUUUGCAACACUUUCUGUUUGCUCCUGUUCAGCCUCCAAGUCUAUUGGUUUCUCAUGAUUAUGCGCGGUGUCUUAAGAUUCUUUAGUCGGCAAACAAAGAUACCUCAAAACACACCAAUCGAAAAAGACCAACGAAAUGGUGAAAAUGGAUUGUUUCACAAAAAUCACUUUUGUCCUGUAAUAAGCAACCACGUUGAAAAGACGAAGUAG